AAAAAAAGAUGCCGAAAACACCUCGCGUGAUUUGUGCACAACCCCUAAUGGCGCCAAAAAAAAUUGCGUGCCUGGGAGGCCCGUGGCUUCAGCUAGGACUAUUCGAAGAAAAUUCUAAUAUUGAACAGGGGAAGUCCCUUCAUCUUGCAGAAGAUCAUAAAAUGCAUGUUCCUCACAUGUCUCCAGUUUUUCACAGCCACAAUAUUUGAAUUGGUAGAAUAUAAAUUUUCACUUACCUAUACAUUUUUAAAUAUCCGUAAGUAAUUCGUCUGUUGUAGUCGUAAAAGUGAUUUGUUAGGAAUCAAUUAGGUAAUUUAGCUAUAAAUGGAGUUUUGGCAGUUUCCAAUGGAAACUAAUAACAAGCCGAUUAACUAGAACAACUGCAAAGACUUAAAUAAAAUUCCAGUUUCAGAAUCUUAAUUUAUGUAUUGUUAAAGGCUAAAAUACCGAAUAUAGUGUAAACUAAUUAGACGAAGAAAAGUGCAAAACGGUGAAAGAAAAGCUCAACCAAGAGAUUUCGUUUAAACGUCCAUGCUCGAAGUCGCAAUAAAAGAUGGAUUAGAAUGCAAUUUCGACAGCUUCUCCAAUAGUACAUUGGAUCCUGUUAGUAAAAUGCCUAAACCCGACUAUGAGAGAAAAGACAAGUUUGUAACCGCACAGAACUCUAUUGAUUCUUCUUCCACUUGUUCUGUGAACAUUGUAAAUGUCAAUACGGAGAAAAUAAAAGAUUUCUACCGCUCCAUUCCUGAUUAUAAUGAAAUAAAUCAUCUGCCGACUGAAGAGUUCUAUUCCACGUUAAGAUCUUUAAGACAGAAGAAAAAAGUUAUGCUAGAAUAUGCUGUGGAUUUAAUAGAUGAUUGCAAUGGGGAUAAUUUGCAAGCAAAAGAGGAAGUUUACACGAGUGAGACUAAAAUAACUGAUAAGCCUGUUAAAUCUCAUUAUGGUGGUACACUGAGGCGUAAAUAUAGUGCAGAGAAAAAAGAUAAAACCUCAGAGUUUAAUGGAGCUGCAAGGAUGAAUAGAAGAAGUGUUUCUGAUUGUUCUAAUAAUAACCCGACUGUUUCUUCUAUGAAACAACCGAGUAAAAAGCUGACUGUUACAAAUAUCGACGUCAAAAUAGAUGACGAUCCUAAAAUGAAUCCGGUUAAAUGUAGUUCCAUGAAAGAAAAGACGUCGAAACCAAAAAGAAACCAUUCGGCAUGUUCCAUAUCCUGGAACGAUGAUAAAAUCGAAAGGAAGAAUGAAGUCGACCAGAAGUUUGACAAGUUUUUUGACGGAGCGGAAUAUUCAAGGCUGAAGAAAGGUAAUAUGGACGACGAUGAGUUUAAAACUCAAAGUAUGCCUUCUAGUCCGUUGAGAGCUAAGCGAUUUGGGUCACCCCACAGGACACGUAAGAGUAUAACUGUGCCGAAGCCGUUUAAAAUGACGGAAAGAGAUGAAGAAGUAAGGGCAGUGAACGAGCUCCGUAGCCUGCAAAAGUCUUUUUCCGAAGAUAUGCUUCACAGGAAAUGCGACCGCCAGCAAUUCCGGACCAAACCUGUCCCCAUAGAGUCCCGGAUACCUCUCUACGACAAAAUUCUUGAGGAUCAAGCGAUGAGGAGAGCAAUAACGAAAAUCAACAGCGAAGCAGAGCUCCGCGCCAAAAUGAAGCCUUUUAGUUUUACAAAAAAGGAAGAAGGUGGAUUAGAAGCAGGGAGAGCCUGUGAACGAGCGAUCCAUGCCCUCCCGAAGCCAAAGAGAAAGAAAAGAUUCCGCGCGAGGCCGGUGCCUAAGAAUUUGUUUUCAAACUAUUUUUAUGAUAAAAUGAAGGAGGAUGAGUUUUUUAGGUCAAUGAACCGGCGAAUAAGAUCAGAAGAAAUGCUCCGAAGCGCCAACCUCCCCGGCUCCAUGGCCAUGCGAGAUCGCAGCCGGCUAUCCACGCCAGCAGCCCACAGCGAUCUGCCCAUCGAUCCGUCUCCUGGCAUCCCGUCUGUCAGUUCUUCUGACAGACUGAGGAGUAGGAGUCCGGAGAAAAGGAACAGAUACGAGAAAACGGCGAAGGAAGACUUUAUUACGACUAGUCCGAAGCCGUUUAGGUUCAAUACGGCUAACAGGGCGGCCAAGAAGAUGCAAGACGUAGCAAAGAAAAUGUCCCAAGAAAGCAAAAGCACCGAAAGCGUCGUUACCAGCGGCGACGUCGGAGUUAUGCGAGGGUUCUCCGCCCUGGAGCUCCGAGCUGCAGCCUCGGGCCGAUCGAACCUGGCGGCUCUGCUGAGGGCCGAGGCGGUCCGCCGACGGUUUGAGAUGGAUGCGGCCAGUAGAAUGGCAGAGCAGCGGAGAAUACGAGAGAUGCGUCACAGAGAUCGCUUGCUGAGAUCUAAUCCUGCGUGGACUCUUGUUAAAAAUAAUGCUGAAGAAGAUAUCGCCAUGCGUCUUCAAACCCGACGCGACGAGGAGCGAAUGAGGCGAGAGGAAUUCCUCCACGAAAUGGAACUUAUGUAUGGAAGAGUCCAACAACAACCUCUGCUCUUUGAGAGAUAUUACGCACCUCGCUCCCACUCCGCAACUGUCGACUACAUACAACUCUCCCCGAGAAAAACCAAGAAAAGGAGCUCAAGGAAAUGUAAAACAUACCAUUUUAAUACUCCUAGCGUAUCGCGUAAAGAUUCCCUGAAUGACUAUAACGGCAACAUCAUGGAAUAUUUAAAUAGAAUAGAAAAGGAUGAAAAAUCUUACUCUAAUUCGGAUGAUGCCAGUCUUGAUGGUAAGUGAAUGUUUUAUGUAGCUACGGUGGAGCUUCUUGUGGUGGUCAAACGUUUUUUGAAAAUAAAGAUGUAAUAAUCUUUAAAUUAUUUUAUUUCAUAUCAUAUCUCAUUGAGUGUUAAAAUCUGAACGAUUAAUUCAGCAAGUGUACUGUACUAAAUUUCACAAUGAUCUCACAAGUACGAGUAUUCCUUUAACUCUUUGAAUGGACUGGAAUCAAAGACGUCUUACCUUCGUGCAUUCCGACAACCGCACACGACAAAGGGUACGUUUUUACAUCGGCAUUGAACUUACUCCAAGAUAGUGGUUGUAUGGCAAAAUUACUUACAUCUACAUCCAUACAUGCGUACAGUCAGCAGCAGAAGUUGCUAAGCGGGGUGUUCAAAAUUACCUUGUCACGCUCUUAUUCUCUUAACAAUAAAGUCGCGUAAAAAUA